GAAAAUUUGGGCGCACACACACACACACUGCUUGCUAUCGCUGUACAAUGUAGAGAGUAUCGCUUCCUAAAUUCUAAACGCAGCUGGAUAGGCGCCACCAUACAACACAUACACACGCACGCACUGCACAAACAAAAAGCCAGUAAGGUCGUAACCUGUUCUAGCCCCUGCUUGAGACAUUCUUCUUCAGCACACUAGCGCGUGAUAGAAGGUCCGGAAAGAUGAUCUAGUUCUGCUUUUUUUUUUUUGCUGUCGUUGUCCCUCUCUACUGCAGUUGAAGUAAGAAAGUUUGUUGUUCAACCGGUCAUCUGCAAGAGGCGCUAGUUUGAGGUUAGAGUGAGCCCAGGCAACACGUGCGUGCAUAGACCGACCGGCUUUGAAGUGCGUUAAGAAAUCACAUCAUGGGACCGAAAGACGAUGGUACGAAGGAUUUACCGCUGGAAAGAAGGAUGCUGGACCCGGUUGAAUAUAGACCGGUAACGGCUUCGCUGGUGCUGGAGGAUGGUACCAUCAUGCAUGGGCAUAAGUUCGGUGCGGAUGGUGGUGCGGUUGGCGAGGUCGUAUUCCAGACCGGUAUGGUAGGCUACCCGGAGUCGAUGACUGAUCCGUCCUACCACGGGCAGAUACUAGUGCUGACGUACCCGCUGAUCGGGAACUAUGGUAUCCCGGAUGCGGAUCUGGACGAUUGUGGGCUCAUGCGGCACUUUGAGUCGAACAAUCGGAUCUGGUCGGCAGCGCUGGUGGUGAGCGAAAUCUGCGAGGAACCGUCGCACUGGCGCAGCAAGCUGACACUAUCGAACUGGAUGGCGAAGCAUGGUGUGCCGGGCAUUAGCGGGAUCGAUACGCGUGCGUUGACGAAGAAGAUACGCGAGAAUGGUACCAUUCUGGGUAAGAUCGUGCCGGGACGCGUAACAUCGAUUGCCGGGCUGAAUUUUAGCAAUCAAAACCUGCGAAAUCUGGUGGCGGAGGUAUCGUUGGCCCAACCGCGCACCUACAACGAAUCGGGCUCGCCGAGAAUUUUGGCGAUCGAUUGCGGGCUGAAGCUGAAUCAGGUGCGUUGCUUCGUGAGUCGGGGUGCCCGGUUGGAUGUGGUACCGUGGAAUGCACGGCCGAACCCGGACGAAUACGAUGGGCUGUUUCUUUCGAACGGACCGGGCGAUCCGGAGAUGUGUCGCGAGGUGGUGGACAAUCUGCGUACGUUGCUGGCGAUGAAGACACCGAAACCGAUCUUCGGUAUCUGUCUCGGGCAUCAGAUCCUGUCGACGGCGGCCGGAUGUCGUACGUUUAAGAUGCGGUAUGGUAAUCGGGGACAUAAUUUGCCCUGUAUGCAUCUCGGCACGAGACGGUGCUAUAUGACAUCUCAGAACCAUGGAUUUGCGGUGGAUUCGAGUGAGAUGCCAGCAGGGUGGGAGGAGCUGUUUACGAACCUGAACGAUGGUACGAACGAGGGCAUUGUGCAUACGAGCAAGCCAUACUUUAGCGUCCAGUUCCACCCGGAACAUACGGCCGGACCGGACGAUUUGGAGGUGCUGUUCGAUGUGUUCCUGGAGGUGGUGCGAGAGUACAAGCGAGAUGCGAAGAAGGCGCACGUGUCGGUGAAGGACAGUUUAAACGAGCGGCUACGAUACGUACCACCGGUACCGAUUGAUCUGGAGCGUCCGAAGAAGGUGCUCAUUUUGGGCUCGGGUGGACUAUCGAUCGGGCAGGCAGGCGAGUUCGAUUAUUCGGGAUCGCAAGCGAUCAAAGCGCUGAAGGAGGAACGCAUCCAGACGGUGCUGAUUAAUCCCAACAUUGCGACGGUACAAACCUCAAAGGGUCUAGCGGAUAAGGUGUACUUUUUGCCCCUGACUCGUUACUACGUCGAAAAGGUAAUCAAGGCGGAGCGACCCGGUGGUGUGCUGCUUACGUUCGGUGGACAAACGGCACUAAACGUUGGCGUUGAGAUGGAACGGGCCGGUGUGUUUAGCCGGUACGGGGUAAAGAUUAUGGGCACACCAAUCACGUCGAUCAUCGAGACGGAGGAUCGGAAGUUGUUUGCUGAGCGUGUGGAAGAAAUAGGCGAAAAGGUAGCACCAUCGGCGGCGGUGUACUCGAUCCAGGAGGCACUGGAUGCGGCGGAAGUGAUCGGCUAUCCGGUGAUGGCACGAGCUGCCUUCUCGCUCGGUGGUUUAGGGUCGGGCUUCGCGAGCAAUGCUGAGGAGCUCAAGGCACUGGCCAGUCAGGCAUUGGCCCACUCGAACCAGCUCAUCAUCGACAAGUCGCUAAAGGGCUGGAAGGAGGUAGAGUAUGAGGUGGUACGGGACGCGUACGACAACUGCAUUACCGUGUGUAACAUGGAGAACGUCGACCCGCUCGGUAUCCAUACGGGCGAAAGCAUUGUGGUGGCACCGUCCCAGACCCUCUCCAACCGGGAGUACAACUUGCUGCGCUCGACAGCGAUUCGCGUCAUACGGCACUUUGGUGUGGUGGGUGAGUGUAACAUCCAGUACGCGCUGAAUCCGGAAUCGGAGGAGUACUACAUCAUCGAGGUGAAUGCGCGUCUAUCGAGAAGCUCGGCACUGGCUAGCAAAGCUACCGGAUAUCCGUUGGCGUAUGUGGCGGCAAAGUUGGCGCUGGCGAUACCGCUGCCGGACAUCCGUAACUCUGUGACGGGUGUUACGACGGCCUGUUUUGAACCAAGUCUCGAUUACUGCGUGGUGAAGAUGCCUCGCUGGGAUUUGGCCAAGUUUGCGCGUGUUAGCAAAAACAUUGGCAGCUCGAUGAAGAGUGUCGGUGAGGUGAUGGCGAUCGGGCGUACGUUUGAGGAAGCGUUCCAGAAGGCAUUGCGCAUGGUGGACAGUGUGAAUGGGUUCGAUCCAUACCUGAAGCCGGUGAACGAACAGGAGCUGGAGCAACCGACGGACAAGCGUAUGUUUGUGUUGGCGGCUGCCCUGAAGGCUGGCUACACCGUGGAGCAGAUCUACGACCUGACCAAGAUUGACCGUUGGUUCCUGCGCAAGCUAAAGGGUAUCAUCGACUUUACCGUUCAGCUGGAGAAGCUUGAGCACGGUUGCAUGCCCGAAGCGGCAAUGCUGCGGGAAGCAAAGCGACUCGGGUUUUCCGAUCGCAUGAUUGCACAGUGCGUUAAAAGUACCGAGCUGGCAGUACGCAUGCAACGCAAAGAGCACGGUGUGGUGCCUUACGUUAAGCAGAUCGAUACGGUGGCGGGCGAGUGGCCUGCCUCGACAAACUAUCUCUACCUAACGUACAGUGCCACCGAGAAUGAUGUUGAUUUCCCGGGCCAGUACACGAUGGUGAUUGGGUCCGGUGUGUACCGAAUUGGCAGCUCGGUCGAGUUCGAUUGGUGUGCGGUCGGGUGUCUGAAGGAGUUGCGCCGACUGAACCACAAAACCAUCAUGGUAAACUACAACCCGGAAACGGUCAGCACGGACUACGAUAUGUGCGAUCGGUUGUACUUUGAGGAAAUUUCGUUUGAGGUCGUUAUGGAUAUUUACGAUGCGGAGCAACCUACCGGGAUCAUUCUCUCGAUGGGUGGCCAGCUGCCGAAUAACAUCGCGAUGGAUCUGCACCGUCAGCAGGCACGCAUACUCGGCACGUCGCCCGAGUCGGUUGAUAGCGCCGAAAAUCGGUUCAAAUUUUCGCGCAAACUCGACCGGAAGGGCAUACUGCAGCCACGCUGGAAGGAGCUGACAAAUCUGGAAUCGGCAAUUGAGUUUUGUGAGGAAGUCGGCUAUCCGUGUCUGGUGCGUCCGUCUUACGUGCUGUCCGGUGCGGCAAUGAACGUUGCCUACUCGAACCAGGACCUAAAGACGUACCUAAAGCACGCAUCGGACGUGAGCAAAGAGCAUCCGGUAGUGAUCUCGAAGUUUCUGGUCGAGGCAAAGGAAAUCGAUGUGGAUGCGGUCGCCGCGGACGGUGUGAUUCUUUGCAUGGCCGUAUCCGAACACGUGGAAAAUGCUGGAGUUCACUCGGGUGAUGCGACACUCGUGACACCUCCCCAAGACAUCAACCGGGAAACGUUGGAGCGUAUCAAGGAGAUCGCACGUGACAUUGCCGAUCUGCUGGAUGUGUCCGGACCGUUCAACAUGCAGCUGAUUGCGAAAAACAACGAGCUGAAGGUGAUCGAGUGUAAUGUACGCGUGUCACGUUCGUUCCCGUUCGUCUCGAAGACGCUUGACUUUGAUUUCGUUGCGCUGGCUACCAGAGUCAUUGUGGGCCAUACGGAUAUUGAGCCGGUGGAAGUGAUGUACGGUCGUGGGUUGGUCGGUGUGAAGGUACCACAGUUUAGCUUCUCCCGGUUGGCAGGAGCUGAUGUGAUGUUGGGAGUCGAGAUGGCUUCCACCGGAGAGGUUGCCUGCUUCGGCGAGAAUCGCUACGAAGCGUACCUGAAGGCGAUGAUGUCGACCGGGUUCCAGAUACCGAAAAAGUCUAUCCUGCUCAGUAUUGGAAGUUACAAGCACAAAAUGGAACUGUUACCCUCGAUACGCAUCCUGGAGAAGAUGGGCUACAAGCUGUACGCUUCCAUGGGAACGGGAGACUUUUACACCGAGCAUGGUGUGGCGGUCGAGAGUGUCCAGUGGACGUUUGAUUCGCUCGCAGCUGAAGACAAUGGCAAUGGGGCCGGUAGUGAGCUGCGCCAUUUGGCAGAAUAUUUGGCCAACAAGCAGUUCGAUCUGGUCAUCAACCCACCGAUGAGCGGAGGCGGUGCACGUCGUGUGUCCUGCUUCAUGACACACGGCUACCGUACCCGGCGACUCGCCGUCGACUACUCUAUCCCGCUCGUGACGGAUGUAAAGUGUGCGAAGUUACUCGUAGCGGCAAUGCAACGCAUCGGUGGAGCUCCACCAAUGAAGACGCACAUCGACUGUAUGUCCUCACGGUUGAUGGUGAAGCUGCCCGGCUUUAUCGAUGUACAUGUGCAUCUGCGAGAGCCGGGUGCUCCGCAUAAGGAAACGUUCGCCACCGGUACGGCAGCUGCUCUGGCCGGAGGAAUAACGAUGGUACUGGCGAUGCCCAACACCCAACCAGCUAUAGUCGACCGAGGUGCGUUCCAGCAGGCGUUGGAGAUCGCCCAGAAAGGUGCACGGUGUGACUACGCCCUGUACGUUGGGGCGUCUUCUACCAACUUUGGAACCGUACACGAACUAGCCUCGCAGGCGGCUGGUCUGAAGCUGUACCUCAACGAAACCUUCACGACUCUACGAUUGCCUGGGAUGUCCGAGUGGCAAGCACAUCUUUCCAGCUGGCCCAAGAGGGCCCCGUUGUGUGUGCACGCCGAGCGACAAACAAUGGCGGCUGUUUUGCUGCUAGCUUCACUAACCGAUCGCCCUAUUCACGUGUGUCAUGUGGCACGCAAAGAAGAGAUAUUGCUGAUCAAGGCCGCGAAGGAGCGUGGUCUGAAGGUAACCUGUGAGGUGUGUCCUCAUCAUCUCUUCCUGUCGACGGCCGAUCUCGACCGGAUCGGAGCAGGGCGGGGAGAGGUACGGCCGGUGUUGUGCAGCCCGGAAGAUCAGCAAGCGCUCUGGGAUAAUCUGGACGUGGUGGAUGUGUUUGCAACGGAUCACGCACCACACUCACGGGAGGAGAAGGAAUCGGAUCAUCCACCGCCUGGAUUCCCGGGCUUGGAGACGAUUCUCCCGCUGCUGCUGACAGCUGUCACAGAGGGCCGGCUCACGAUGGAUGAACUGGUGAACAAGUUCCACACGAAUCCGAGACGCAUCUUCAAUCUUCCGGAGCAACCGAACACGUACGUCGAGAUCGAUCUGAGCGAGGAGUGGAUCAUACCGGACCGUCCCCAACAUUCCAAGGCCCACUGGACGCCGUUCGCCGGCAUGCGUGUGAAGGGUUGCGUACAUCGCGUUGUACUGCGCGGCGAGACAGCGUACGUCGAUGGGUUGGUACUGGUGAACCCGGGAUAUGGACAGAACGUGCGUGAAUGGCACGGUGGCAAGCCACCGUUGGUUGGUGCCGCUUCCAUCGAACGGAUCGAUGUGCUGAACAACUCGAUCGGGUCUGGAUCGGCUGUUGGACUGCGGACGACAGAUCUUGAACCUGAUCUGCAAACCAACGAAGCAUUCUUCCAGCUUCUUUCACCGGACGGUUCCAAUGCUCACGUUAAGCAGCUCGGUGUGCACUUUGCCGGAGAGCAGGCAGCUCUUCGUCCUGCUUCUCCACUACCACCCAGGAUACGGUGUGAUUCGACCGGGAAUCAAUCGGUGCUUGGGAAGCUUGAACCACUCACCAUACAGACCGGAACACACGGAGCACUUCGCGAGCGUCAGUUGGCUGGUCGGCAUGUCCUCACGGUGGAUAUGUUCACCAAGGAACAUCUGAACGAAAUCUUCCAUCUGGCGCAAACGAUGAAGACACGGGUCGCGAAGGAUCGUCUGCUGGAUGAUCUGUUACGUGGAAAGGUGAUGGCGUCCAUCUUCUAUGAGGCGAGCACGCGUACUAGCUGCAGCUUUGCGGCGGCAAUGCAACGUCUCGGAGGUCGUGUUGUGCACGUGGACGAAACAUCCUCGUCGGCCAAGAAGGGCGAAACGCUCGAGGAUAGCAUCCAAGUGAUUGCUGGCUAUGCGGAUGUGGUGGUGCUGCGCCAUCCACUACCAGGAGCAGUUACGCGUGCCGCUCAGCAUUGCCGAAAACCACUGAUCAACGCGGGCGAUGGUGUUGGAGAGCAUCCGACACAGGCCCUGCUGGACAUAUUUACCAUACGCGAGGAGAUUGGUAAGGUGAACGGACUUACGAUCACGAUGGUCGGUGAUCUGAAGCAUGGACGUACGGUACAUUCGCUGGCCCGGCUGCUCACGAUGUACAGCGUGAACUUGCGUUACGUUUGUCCGCCGGGGCUUGAAAUGCCUGACCACAUCAGGGAGUACGUGGACAAGAAGGGUAUUUCGCAGCGUCACUUUGACUCGCUCGAGUCGGCCAUCGUCGAUACGGAUGUGCUGUAUAUGACCCGCAUCCAGCGCGAGCGCUUCGAGAGUGAGCAGGAAUACGAAAAGUGUUGUGGCCAGCUGAUCCUAACGCCCCAGAUUAUGACGAUGGCCAAGCGUCGCAUGAUCGUUAUGCAUCCGCUGCCGCGCGUGUUCGAGAUCAGUGUGGAGAUCGAUAGUGAUCCCCGGGCCGCCUACUUCCGGCAGGCCGAAUAUGGAAUGUACGUACGCAUGGCACUGCUGGCGAUGGUGCUGGGACGCAGCUGAAAACUGACGCUACACAAAUUGAACCCGCUGCCCGUAGAAUGUCAGUUCUGGAAGCGUUUAUUCCAAUACGCAGUAUCUUUACAUUGGAGAGGUGGGCUACUAUAUCUAUACACGAACCUACCACACGAUCCUAACGCGUGGCUAAUCCUAAAUGCGAAACUAAUCCUAAACAUGGUGAUGGAGCAAACGUCCGUAGUGAUACCUAGCGUUCCGCGCAUUACUGCCGUGUGCAUGGGGUACGCCAACUGUUUUGCCUAUAGCUAUGAAUAUCUGUCAAUGGUUUAUACCAAUAAAAACGACCCCUUUUCGUGUGCGGGAGGUGUUGACUACGAUAAA